CUCCAGCUUAAGAAAAAGAUGUCGGCUCCUACGAGGGAAGUAAGCCGGACUUUAAAAGAUGCACUCUUUGAAACAUUAACAUCUACAUUAUCUCCUAUUCACGAUGUUAGAAUAAGUGCAGAACAGCAGAUCAGUGUACUGGAAGUAACAGAUGAGUUUGCAAUUCAUCUCACAGAACUCAUGCUGGAUGCUAAUGCUCCUCUUGCAGUCAGGCAGCUUGCUUCUAUUCUUUUAAAACAGUAUGUUGAAUCACACUGGUCUGCUAAUUCUGAAAAAUUUAGACCUCCAGAAACUACUCCUGAGGCUAAGACAGCUGUGCGGGCUAUGUUGCCAAUGGGCUUACAUGAAUCAAUUAGCAAACUUAGGUCUAGUGUAGCAUACGCAAUAUCAGCUGUAGCUCAAUGGGAUUGGCCUGAACAGUGGCCUGAACUUUUUGAAAUAUUAUUACAUAGUUUGGUUAGUGAAAAUAGUUUUGCUGUUCAUGGCGCAAUGAGGGUUUUGAAAGAGAUAUCUCAUGAUGUUUCUGAUUCACAAAUGCCCCAGUUUGCACCUGUUAUUUUACCUGAAAUGUUGAAAAUUUUCCUCCAGGAUCAGAAAUAUGGUAUUCGAACUAGAGGUAGAGCUGUUGAAAUUUUCACUACAUGUGCAGGAAUGAUUGCUACUAUGUCUCCUUAUAAUAAGACUGCUGCUAAAGCAUUACUUUUUCCUAUAUUAACACCUUUUACUGAAGCCUUAGUUAGUGCCUUAAAAACACCUGAUGGCCUGACAUCAGACAGUGGUUUGAAAAAGGAUGUUUUGAAUGCUUUAAAAAUUCUGAUACAGUAUUUUCCAAAACAAGUGAUGCAGUGGCUACCUCAUAUUUUAGCUCCAGUAUGGAAUUCCUUGACAGAAAGUGCAAAUAUAUAUGUACGUACAGUUGUAAAUGAUUCAGAAGAUGCAGACAAUCCUGUUGAUUCUGAUGGUGAAGUCCUUGGUUUUGAGAACUUAGUUUUUAGUAUAUUUGACUUUAUUCAUGCCUUAGUGGAGUCUUCCAAGUAUCGAAAUUAUGUGAAAGAAGGAAUGACAGAUUUGCUUUAUUAUGUAAUACUAUAUAUGCAAAUGACAGAGGAUCAAAUCAAAAUGUGGAGUAAUAAUCCUGAUCAGUUUGUAGAAGAUGAAGAUGAUGAUUCAUUUGCAUAUUCUGUCAGAAUAUCAGCCCAAGAUUUAUUGUUGGCUUUCGGAGAAGAAUUUCAUGAUGAAACUGCUGUGAGUUUGUGUAAUGCUGUUACUCGACAUAUUCAUGAAGCUGACAAAAAUGUUAACCCACAGUGGUGGAAAAUACAUGAAGCGUGUUUGCUUGCACUUGGUAAUGUGAAAGAUCUACUUGUAUCUGAACUUCAAAGAAAUUCUGUACAGUUUGAUAUGAUUGGAUUUUUGCAUGCUGUUGUUUCAGAAGAUUUAAAUACUACUGUAUCCCAGUUCCUGUAUGGUAGAUGUCUUUGGUUCACAAGUAAGUAUGCUGAAAUUAUGAAUGAAGACCUUAUUAAAAGGUUUUUACAAGUCACAGUUGCAGGUCUGCAGCCAUCCCAUCCGCCUAGUGUUCGAAUAUGUGCAGUCAGAGCUGUAUGGGGGUUUUGUGAUCAUUUAAAGACAACUAAGCAUGUUCAUCUCCUAGUUCCUUAUUUAGCUUCUGUUAUGGAAGGUCUGAUUUCUUUAGCUGUACAGUUUUCCUCUGAAGUAUUAGCUUUAGUUUUGGAAGCAAUUGCCAUUGUUAUUACUAUUGAUGAAAAUUUUACUGCUCAAAUGGAGAAUAAAAUUUCGCCAAUAGCGAUUGCAGUGUUUUUGAAGCAUAACAGUGAUCCAGUUUUAGUCACACUUGCUCAAGAAAUCUUCAAAGAGUUAUCCCGAAAUCCUGGUUCAAUGAGUGCUGUACAGCAGCGAUUAAUUCCUACCUUAGUUUCUAUAUUACAAGCUCAGCCAAUGAAAGUGCCUCUUGGUCUACAAGCAGUCUCUCUUGAUGUUCUGCAAACAAUAGUUCGCAGCAGCUCUCGACCUCUUCCUGACUCUAUUAUUUCUCAGGCAUUUCCUGCUGCUAUACACUGUAUAAUACAUACUGAUGAUAACUCUAUACUUCAAGUAAAAUAAGAAUGUUUACGAGCAUUUGUAUCAGUUGCAUUAGAGCAGAUCUCACUGUGGAGAGAUGAAUCCGGAAGAAAUGGGCUUGAUCAUAUCAUAAAUGUAGCACAACGUUUACUAGAUCCUAAAACUCCUGAAGGUGCAUCUGCAUUUGUUGGGCGACUUAUUUCACUUUUGAUAACUAAAGCAAGUGUAGUCAUAGGUGAUAAAAGUGAACUGCUUUUACGUGCUGUUCUUAGUAAAAUGCAGCAAGUUGAAGCUCUCAGUGUAAACCAGAGUUUAAUAAUGGUGUUUGCUCAUUUGAUCAAUCAUCAGAUUGAACCAGUGCUUGAUUUUUUAAGUGGAGUUCCUGGUCCAACUGGCCAAUCAGCAUUAGAAUUUGUAUUAAAUCUCUGGUGCCAGUGCCAUCCUUUAUUUUAUGGAGAGUAUGAGAAAAAAGUGAGUACAUUUGCUCUAUCUUUGAUACUACAACAUGGCUUGAAAGGCAAUGAUCAGCGGUUGCAAAACAUUCAUGUGAAAGGAGACCAAAUAUUUAAUCACAAUGAAGGUCCUAAAACACGCUCAAAGUCUUUACAAAAUCCUGAUCAAUGGACAAAUAUACCUCUGUUUGUAAAGAUAUAUAAACUUUUGUUACAUGAUUUAUCUAAUAUAUGCAACCAAGAGAUUGAUAACCAAGAAGAGGAAGAUACUUCUGAU